AUGGCCCUUCCCACAGUUCAGAGUCGUCUCCAAAAGCUUCGCUCGAAGUCUACCAGUACUCCUACUUCAGCCAAUCCUUCAAGAUCCCCUUCUCCAAGUCGAAGCGUGAUGCCCGUCACUACGCCAACCAAUGGUCGUGAAAUUGGAACCCUCAUCGUAGUGGUUCUGAAAGCUAAUCAUCUUCCAAAUAAAAGACACAUAGGUAAACAGGACCCUUAUUGUGUUGUUGCUGUAAACGGGAAGAAGCUCCGGACGAAGGCGAUUAAGAAGGGCGGUCAACAUCCAGAAUGGGACGAGGAACUACGGUUUAAGAUAUACGAAGAUAUAGAGGAGCCAGUACGGAACGGAACGCCGCCACCACCACCACCAAAGGAUGGCAAGCCUUUGGACCGAAUCAAGGGAGGAACGACGAUGAAACUAGCAUGUUUUGCAGACGACAUGAGAGAGCCCGAUUUUAUUGGUGAUGCGGAUGUGGACCUGACGGAGGUUCUGACGAAUGGAGAGACUGAUGAGUGGUUCACGUUAAUGAAUAAGGAUAGAUUCGCUGGGAAAGUAUAUCUGGAGUUGACAUUCUGGUCGAACGAACCACCGCCGCAGAAGAAAGUCGUACCCGCGCCUGUAGUAAACAAGAACGACUGGGCGGGCCCUGGCGUAUUCGUACCGGCAGGUGGAGAAUCACAACAGCCUCAGCCUAGAAUUGUUUCUUCCAGUGCUAUUCAUGAUCACCACCGUCGACUCUCAGAAUCCUUAAGACCGUCGUCUUCCAUGCUGGACUUGUAUCAACCCCCUUACGAGCGAAACCAUAACUCUACCAUAGAAACCCUCAAUCACAGUUUUGGCGACCUCGCCGUCGGAGAGACUAAGCGAAGCGAGACUUAUCCACCUGUACACAACGGGUAUAGACCUCCUUCUCCAGGAUUUUCUACGUUUUCCUCCACGCCUUCCAAUGUUUACGACCCCAGUACGUCGAACACAGGAUCUGGAUAUAUAUAUGACAGACCUGUGACUCCAAACGGUCCAUCUGGUUUCCGCCCUAGGACAAGCUUAUCCGGUCAACAGGCACCAUAUCCGCCUCAGACACCCUACCAACCAGAUUAUGAAUCCUCUCUAUCUAAUUAUCGACCUCCACCCCCAGUACGAGGACCUAGAUACAGCAUUCCGGCGACGUCCUCGGGAUUCGUACCGUUGUCGAACCCUUCGUCAAUUAACACACAUCCGUCGGAACCUUCUGCGUUUGCCCCGCCUGUAUCUCACACUCCUGCAUCCUAUGCCUCACAAAUCAAUUCGGGUUCAUACCCUCCACCAGUGUCGCAUACACCCCUCCCAACGUCAUAUUCUGUCCCACCUCCAUCUGGUUUCUACGAUAGUAUGCCUGGCACCGUUCCACCUUCUGACUCUCAGCACAUCUCCUCCCAUUUACAUUUCUUUCCUUUGUCAACGCCCUCAAUUCCGCCUAUAUCAGCUACCCCGUUGCCCUACGGAGGUUAUUCCCCUGGACCAGCUGGACCAGAAAUACCGACCGCACCGUCCAACAGUUCUCUUUCCUCUAGUACUGGACCCGGAGGUUCCAGGCCGUUACCCCUUCCACAAGGCCCAAGUUACAAUAACUUGGCCCCUUCUAACAGUCAACUUCUCGCUAACUAUAGUCCUUCAAGGGUAAACGGACUUGUGCCACCGCCCCCACCGCCAGUUCCCUUCCCGUCCGUUCCGCCUCCACCUCCCUUACGAUCCUCACAUUCAGGCAGUCCGCUUUCCCAUUCGCCGCAGUCGAAUUCACCGCAGCCGCCUUCUUCCGAGUUUCAGCAGAAUGCGAUGCCUGGGCCGCCACCAUUGCCACAACCACCCUCACAGUACAAACCUCGUACCCCCAGUCGCCGUGCCAGUUUACCGGUUCCGCCUAGUCACAGUAAUUUCCAGCCAUUACCAGCUCCUCCUCGGUUCGGAGAAUAUCAAAACAUACCGCCCCCUCCAUUACCUCCCUCACAAUCUGGGCCAAUGUAUCAACCAGGCCCCCCUCCCCAGCCCCCGCAACCUCCAACCACAGUUUCCUAUGGUGGAUAUUGA